AUGGUUCAGAGCUCAAAGGAUGCAGUGAGAGCCUUCAACACCAAGAAUAGACUCCCUCCUUCUGACCUGAGGACCACCAGCUUAGGCUGCAAGUCCAACUGCUGUCAGUCCAGCUGCUGCCAAUCCAGCUGUUGCAAGCCUUGCUGCUGCCAAUCCAGCUGCUGCAAGCCCUGCUGCUGCUGUGAGUCUAGCUGCUGUAAGCCCUGCUGCUGCCAAUCCAGCUGCUGUAAGCCCUGCUGCUGUCAGUCCAGCUGUUGUCAGUCCAGCUGCUGUAAGCCCUGCUGCUGCCAGUCCAGCUGCUGUAAGCCCUGCUGCUGCCAGUCCAGCUGCUGCAAGCCCUGCUGCUGCCAGUCUAGCUGCUGUGCACCUGUCUGCUGUCAGUCCAGCUGUUGCAAGCCCUGCUGCUGUCAAUCCAGCUGCUGUAAACCAUGCUGUUCUUCAGGCUGUGGGUCAUCUUGCUGCCAGUCCAGCUGCUGCAAGCCCUGCUGCUGUGAAUCCAGCUGUUGCAAACCCUGCUGCUGUCAGUCCAGCUGCUGCAAGCCCUGCUGUUGCCAGUCCAGCUGCUGCAAGCCCUGCUGCUGUCAGUCCAGCUGCUGUAAGCCCUGCUGUUGCCAGUCCAGCUGCUGCAAGCCCUGCUGCUGUCAGUCC